AUGACGGAAUGCAGAAAUCCGGUUACCACUACCGACGCAGUCCAGCAGAGUGCGCAACAAUCGGAAGAGUUCAUGGGCAUAGCUCCACUGGAAGUAGCUAGGAAGAGGACCGGAUCGAGGGCCGGGCCAGGACCCUGUGCACCGGGAUACAACGUACUGCGACAAAGCCGACUUGGUACUGUAGCACGAAUCCAUCUCGCUCCAGUCUCGAGACUCGAUCGCAUCACUGACGAUUAA